GGCUCAUCAGUUCUAUGCUUUAGGCAAAAAGGAUCGUUGAGCAAACGAGGGGCGAUGAAUGGUUGUCUUGAGUCUUGAACGAUAGUACGAAAGAUCAGAUGCAUUAGCACAUACGUUCCAACGCAGGUACGCGUGGAACAUAUAUUCAAGCGAGGGGCUUCCUCUCGGCGAGCAUCUUGAGAAAGUCCACCGUCUUCUCUCUCCAUCUGCCGAAUGUCUCCGCAGCGAGAGGGACAAAGCGGAAGCCAGCUGCUUGGGCGGUUGGGCCAUACUUGUCGAUCUUGUCUUUCUCCGCAAGCUCCGCCGUCUUGCCACCUGGAACUUGUGCGCUACGCCGGUUGACUGUCCGGUGGAAGGGGAUGGGGGAGUCGUCAGGCCGGCAGGGGUGGGCGAUGGUGACAUCGAGCAGGUAGUCAUGGCCGUCGAUCACGCAGUAGACGUCCAUGCGCUGGCUUUUGGGUAAAACGGGGGCAGCGGUUUCAGGGAAUACCCUAGGCGGCCUGACGGCC